CUUCGCUGUGUGCAGUCGCCCGGUGCGCUUCAGUUAUAGAUACUUCCGAUCGAAACUUGUAGAUACUUUUGCGCCGCGUAGUGUCUUAAGACCAUCGAAUGGUGUUGCUGUGUGUGUGUGUGCCCCAAGCAUUUGAGUGUUAAUUGACAACGACUGCUAGCCCAGCGAGCUAUGCAAAGUGUCUGAGACUGUUCUCCCACAAGCAUUAUCAUAAUAAUAAUUUAAAUUAGAAACAAAUCAAGACAAUGGCCACCUCCACGCUAAGUGCCACUGCCUCUACGAGUCCAGCUGCGAUCAAGAACCCGCAACUGAAACGCGUCGUCUACUCCAAGUAUCGGGAGCUGCUGGGCUCGUAUAACGAUAAGGCCAAUGCCAUUAUCGAGACGCUGCCCGCCUAUAUGGUGCGCGAGGAUCGGGGAUUUCAGCUGGAACUGCCGCAGCUUCAAGAGAGUGGCCCCGACAAAAGCUGCCUGGACACGUAUGGACAGCGCGGCGGAGGCGCCGCUGGAGGCGGCGGCUAUGAGGCGCCCGCCUGUGUGCAAAACGCUAUGAUGACAAAAGACAAGAAGCCCUUCACCUACACGCCUGGCGGCAUAGAUCUCUCCCAAAUUCGAUCGGAGCGCAUGGCCAAGCGUUUGGCGCGCAAUGCUCAGGCCGAGGGUGCCACGGGCGCUUCUCAACAGAACAGACCAUCGCCUCAAUCGUCGCCGGGUGGCACAGCUGGCAGCGCAGCCAGUUCGAUGGGUGCCGCGGCAAUGGGCAUGCCGUUUCAGGUGUUGCCACCGCCACCACCGCCGCAGCCGCAGCCGCAGUUACAGACGGGUAAGAACGGUAACCAAGCUGCACCCCCACCGCCACCCCCACAACAAAGCACAUUAGCACCACCAACGGGCCGGGGCAGUGCUCCCGGCUCGCCGGCAGCGGCGCGCAAAUCACCAACGCCGCAACGUUUUGAGCCGCCACCGCUGGGCUUCCGUCCAGAGAUCAAAAUACCGACCAAUCCGAUGGCAGCGCUGCGCAAGGUGCCGCCACCUGUGGAGAAGAACACCUUCUGGAAGGAUGAGUAUUGCAAGGAGCGCUCCAAGAGCCCACUGCCGGAGCCAGCUCAAAACGGCAAUGCUGUCUACAACAGCAGCAACAACAACAACAGCCAAGACGCCGUUGAUGGUGACAACGGCAAUGGCAAUGGCAACAGCAACAGCUAUAGUCCUUACACACCAACAACACAGCAGCAGCAGCAACAGCAACCGUCACCCAAAACACCGCCACUGCAGCAACAGUUGCAACAACCGUCGCCGCCGGCAACACCGCCUCAACAGCAGCGUCAGGAGUUCCGCAGUGUGCCCAUGCCACAGUCGCCGGCUGUUAAUGUGUACACGCGGCAAACAGAGAGUCCGCGGUCGCCCUUCGAGCAGCAGCAGCAGCAGCAACAGCAACGUGCCACGGAGAGUCCCUUUCGCUUUGCACAGCAGCAACAGCAACAGCAGCCGCGUUCACCAACGGCCAUUUCUCCGCUGGCUCAACAGCAACAGCAGCAGCAGCAGCAGCAGCAGGCAGCUCAAACUGUGCCUUGGCGUACGCAACGCGCCCAGCCCGUUGCACAACAACAACAACAACAACCGCAACAGCAGCCAACGCAUUCACAGCCCAUUUACAACAACGUGCAACAGCAGCAAAGAACUCGCGAUGUCUUCAGCCCCGCCAGAGUCGAGCCAGCAGCAGCAGCUUUCAAUGCACAGCAGCAACAGCAACAGCAGACACCAUAUCAAGGUGUUAAGCCGACCAACGUUGGCUCACUUUACAUUGCUCCGCUGGCACAGCCCACAGAGCCUCAGGCCCAGCGUCUUUUGCUGCAGCAGCAGCAGCAACAGUUGUCGGGCGCUCGUGAUUCGCCCAUGCGACAAGUGCCGCAGCAGCAGCAGCCGCAGCCACAAUCAGCGCCGCAACAGGUGGGUGGCCAGCCACUGCGCUGGCUUAGCUCGCAGCCUGCGGCCAAGGAGCAGGCGCCCUGGGCACGUCCCGAGGAGAAUGGCAAUGUGAUGCCCUCGUCGCUGCGACAGACAGCAUCGCCGUCGGCGCCAACGCAAUCACAGCCCACAAGCACGUUCUAUCAGCCCCAGAUGCAGAUGCAGAUGCAGGGCAAUGGCUAUGAAACAGCCUCGUCUCCCGGUCCUGCAGCCCAGCAGAACUUUGGGUCAACAGCUCCGCAGAGCGGCUUGCGAUUGCAGAUCAACAACAGCAAUGCCAACCAGAGUGGUCCCAGGGAGCGCAUAAUACCCAUUACACUGGAGCAAACACCAACAUAUGCCGCCGCCCAGCCCAACUUCGGUGGUAACGGCCCAACCACACAGAACCGCUUUACACCACAGCGUUCUCUAUACGAUACACCCCAACAACAGCAAUAUGUGCCGCCCAGUGAGCAACAGGUGCCGGAACCGAAAAAAUAUACGGGAAGCGCAAUACCAAGUCGAUCUUUUAAGAUUUUACAGGCAAUGACAACACCAGAGAACGCCGAACAUAAAAUUCACACCGAGCUGGACUCGGAUUUGGAAAAUAUUGAAUUGAACGAAGCCAAAAAUAAUAAUAAUAAUAAUAAUAAUAAUAAUAAUAAUAAUAAUAAUAAUAUUAAUCAUAAUAAUGAGAAUAAUGAUAAUGUCAGUAAAAGUAACCAUAACCGAGAAAUUAACAAUAAAAUCAAUAAACGUCACAGUUAUACAUCUGCCACACCCACUCCACCACCCAGCACAGACACAAACACAAGCAUUUCUCAUGGCGCAUAUUCAUCCAACUCAUCCCUUAAUUCAGAUAGUUCGUAUUCAGCAGCUAAGCAACCGGAGCGCUCGCAAUCCGUGCCUCCGCAAUAUCCCUAUGCUUAUGGUUAUCCCUUCCCUUGGUAUAUGCCACCGCCACCCCACCAGGUCCCAGGGCAAGCAAAUGGGGAACCACCUCAAGUCUUCAACUGGCCCUACCCCUAUCCCUAUCCACCACCGCCUAUGCCAUCAUCGGUAGAUGGCAAGCAGCCAGACGUGAAUCAAGCCUAUCCAUAUUACUAUCCUUACUAUCUACCCCCGCCGCCAGUCUAUGGCCAGCCAGGCAUGCCCAGUGAUCCACAGCUCGCACAGUUUGUGCCGCCCUAUGGCCCCUACCCCUAUCCGGUAGCGCCAAGUUUUAGCCAAAGCUCAACUGAAAGUCGCGCUAGUAGUGUAUUGCCCGAUAUUAUUAUAACCCCCAGCACUGACGAUACGCCCUCGAAGGUCAUAAUGCAGCACCACAUCAAGGUGGAGCCACGUGAGCCGCCCAAGCGUGCGCACUCUGUUGAAAUUGAGGAACUGGUAAGCCGGCCAAAGACUCGCAACAUCUGCAACAACAAUGAGCAGGUCAUCGAUCUGCUUAGCCAGCGUCUGGCUAACAUCAAUAAAAUUGCCGGUGGCAAUACUCAAGCCAACUUAUCGAAGCAGCUCCAGAAGGACUAUGCGGGCGAGCAGCUCAAGGAGUUGGGCGCAUGCUCGCCUAGCGAGAAUGCUUCGCUGGUUCAGAUUACAGUUAUGCUGGACGAUAAUGACAGUGACACGGAGGAUAGCAGCGAUGAGGAUGAGGAUGAGGACGAAGAAGAUAGCGACACCCCCAAGCACGCGCCGCUACAGGCCAUCAAGUCGGUCACUAAUAUACAGGUCUACAAGGGAUUGGGUAAAAUGCCCGUUCAGCAGCUGGAGUCCGAGAGUGAGGAUGAGGAUGUGACGACGGCUGAUGAAAUGGUCGACGAGGAGGAGCAAGUAGAGGAAGAGCAGGAGUGUGUGAUUGAGGAACUUGACGAAGACUAUGUCGUCGAGGAGGAUCUGAGCACCAUUUACGAGGAGGAAAGCGAACUAGAACGCAGCAGCAACUAUGCCAGGACGGUAGUUAAUCGAAAUGGAUCCAGUGCUAGCAAUGCUACUAUAGGAGAUCGUCAAGAGGACGAUUUGGAGCAACAAAUCGAGGACAAUGAUAAGGACGAAGCAAAUGCAAAUGCAAAUGACGACGAUGAUGAGUCCAGUUCGGUGACUGUGCGUUUGCCAUUGCGCUUCUCCUUCAGUCGCAGUUCGAAUGACGAAAACAUAGCCACCUUGGAGGUGGGCAGCACCACGCAGAUUGAGGAGAGGCGUCAGAGCUUGGAGAGCAAACGCAAUUCCUUUAGCAUUGCCAAGUUAGAGAGCGAUAACGAGGAGGACAACGAUUGCGAAGUUAGUGUCACCAUAAGCUUGUCCAGCUCAUCACGUUCCAAUUCCGUCGACAAGUCCUUGGAGCACCAAUACAGCUGCAACCCGGACAAAAUACUCACGAGUGCUCGCAAGCUGAGCAAUGAAGAUGUAUCUGCCUCCAUCUCGCUGGGCAGCCGCAACAAGUUUUUAGCGGAGACCCAAGCUGGAGAGCUAACAAAUAACAUAGCGAAAUUGGAGCCCACGGAGGAAGCUGAAGCACCUAAAGAGGAAUUUGAUUUCUUUGCCACGCUCUUGGCUACCAAAAUGCAAGCGCAGAAAAUGAUGGAGCAAUCUAAGAACUACUGGAAAACGACAGAGGCAAACGCAGAUGCACAGGUGAAGGAACCCCCGGAAAAGGAAAACGUACAGCUACGGGUGAAGCAAAGCAGUGAGCAGGUCCAAUCGUCCAGACCUAAAUCAUGUGACUUAACCAAGACUCAGGCCUCUUUGGAGGCGGCCAAGAACAGCUUUUGGUCAACAUUUGCAACUGCUGCCAAGGAGCCUGAACCGAUUCGUGAGCCAGAGCAGCCAGCGGAAGAAAUCGACUUCUGGACAAGCGUUGAAAAUAAUAAAGAGGAAAAUCAAUGGGUAAAAAAACAAAAGACUGUUACGUAUACCCCACUACAAAAAGAGACGGUGACCAAGGUGGAGCAUUGGACGACUACCCUAAACGCCAAAGUAGAAUUCAUGCCCCAAUCACAGUGUGCCGAGGUGCAUUUCGUGGUUGAAGAAUUGCCAGAGAUCAAAGAAGCGUCUGAGCCGGAGGAGGACUUCUGGGCAUCAGUAGACAAAGCGAAUUCCGAGAAGAAUAUGAACAAGUCCAAUGCUCAAGCGAACCCAUCCACAGAAAAUGUUGACUUUUGGGCAGAUCAAGCUGCGGGUGCUCAGCUAGAAAACUCGGUCGAAACUACAAUAGAGCAAAUUAGCCAAGAAAAAGCAGAGGAAGUGGAAGAAGAAGAGGAAGAAGAAGAGCAAGAGGAAGAGGAAGAAGAAGAGGAAGAAGAGGAAAUAGAUUUCUGGGCCAAUAUAAAAUCUAAAGAAGAUGUCAAUGAUCGAAAAAUAAACAAUAUUCAAUUUGAUCCUACAAAGUAUCCUGAAGAGCCGCGCGAGGUAGACACCGAUGAAGAAAUUGACUUUUGGACGGAAAUCGAAGCGAAUCGUAAGUCCGAUGAUGAGGAUGUUACUUUCCAUAAAUCAGCAACCUUCUGGGCUCGCAAAGAGCGCCAGAACUCGGUGGAAGAACCACCCUACAAACCAGUGGAAACAAAAGCAUUUCGUGCCAAGCUGCCCGACGAACCAGCCGUGGAAAUCGAUGUGUGGGCAACACUAGAGGGAGCUCGUGGAGAGGAGCCAGUGAUCGUUGAUCCAGCUGCUGAAGAGGAGCAAAUGCUGGCCGUCCAAUACGACGAGCUGGAACAUGACAGCAAAGAUAAGUUGGACUCACCGAAACAAAUCGAGCAACCAACACAGGAAGCUCCCCAUACCAAUCUCAACAUGGUUGACACUAUGUCGCUGGCCUCCAUGCAUGAGCCAGCUACUGUACAUACUUGGAUGCCCUAUUCGUAUAACGCCGAAGCGCCGCAGGACAACGACGAGCCAGACUUCUGGGCGGACAUCGAAGAGGAACGUGCAAAGACCGACCAGUUGGAAGAGGCUGAGCAGAAACGUCAGAACUAUCGUCAAGCUAUGGCCUUCUUCAGUACCUCGAUUGAUGAGCAGAAAGUGCAACAGAAGGCGCAACCUAAUCGAAGCAGUGUCAUUCUAGAAUCCGAGGAGCCCACCGAACUCAAUCUAGGUGCGCCCGGUGCAUACGAAAUUGUGGGCGAAGAUGGUGUCGUAAUGGAGCAAUAUACAAUGCCAAUUGCGCACACAGAAGACGAGGAACGGGGUGCGACCACACCAACUAACCAACUGCCAGAGGUUUACGUGGAACCAGAACCAGAACCAGAACCUGAAUCCCUACCGGAACCCAAAACGGAAUCAAAAUAUCAAAAAAAAUUGCUUAGUAAUGGCCUGCCCGAUCUUGGUGUGACAAAGCCCGACGAACCCAAAAUUACGGUGCGCGAUCGCAUCAAUGUAUUUGAGGCAACGCCUCCAACGCCAACGUCCAACAAGGCCAUGACCAUUCAAUCCUUGUCCGUGGACAGUGGUCGUGGCAAGGGACAGCUGUCCCGCAAUAGCAGCACGCAGCGUUCUGAGUCCGAGAUCGAGGAGGAUGACUCAGGCGUGACGGAUAUGAAUCGACAGCUGUCUGAAACGGACACCGAAUCCGAAAGCUUCCCGGAGCUGCGCAAAAUGACGAGUUACCAGCGCGCCGCGACACAUUCCAGACUCUUUAAGCUGCUGCAGGACGAAAACGAUCUGCCCGAAGCGUCUGAAGCUGGACAGGCGGACGAAUUACAGUUCAAGCCGAGCAGACGCAAGAUUGUUCACAAUGUAUCCAUCACACGACGCCAAAAUCCGAAUGCGCUUAGCGAGGCUGAGACAAUGACACAGCGACGCGAACGUCUCUCAUUGCCUCUGCGCAAGAAUACAAGCAUCGAUGCGGACAAUCCUUCCACGCCGAACAGUCCCGCCUCGCCCAUUGUUGGGCCAUCGCCAAGCAAACAGCGUGUGGUUAGCGAUAAACUGGUAAACGAGCUAGUCCAGAGUCUGCUGCUCAAGAGCGACAGCAUGCAUCUGCGCCAGCUGCCCAUGGAACGUCUCCAGGCGGCUGCAAAGCGUGCCCUAGUUGAGGAAAUGGACUCCGUGGAGAACAGUUCGCUGGACAGUACGCCCGCUAUAACACCCAAGCAGGACAAGGAAUAUACAGAUUACUAUAACAGCUGGACGGAGGCGAGCGGUGGCGAGGAGAUUGUGCCCUCGAAGGCUUUCCGAGCGCUACAGGAUCCCCGCCGUAGCCCCUGGACGGUGCGCUGCCCCCGUGUGCUCAGCUCUAAGACAAUCAAUCGAGACUUGGCACGGGUCACCGAAUCACCCGAAAUCCUCAGCGGUCGCGGCAGCAAAAGUCCCGAGUGCUUUAGGCAACAGUCAAGGGAACGCUCUGUUAGCAGCUGGCGUAAGGUCUAGUCGGAUUAGUCUAUCGGGUUAGCUGGGAAGGGGGUCAUAAAUACAUAUGUAUAGAAAUAUAUAUGUAUAUAGAUUUUAGUAUUUGCAUUUGAGUCUUGAUACUUGCUAAGAUCAAGCAACAGGCACUAGUCACUGCCCUCACAGGAGAGCCAAUCGUUGCAUUUCUCAUCACAUCACAUCACAUCACUUCACAUCAGAUCAGAUCACAAUCCUACAGCACAUUGUACAAUAUGA